AUGCAGUGCAUGUGCGGCUCCGUAGGCCGAGACAUGCAAGAUGACAGGAAGGCAAGCCGAACGACUCCUUGGGCGUGGAAAAUGGGGAGUUUUCCUGCGUUCAAUUUGUUGCGUGUGACCACCCCCGCGUGCCAUGGGUUCGUCAACGCCUUUGGCAUGGUGCCGGUUACCUGCAGAGCCAAGCGUGGCUACAUAAGGAACGACCCUGAUCGGCAGCCGGUCAAACCAGCAUCAUGGGCUUGGGAAAACAACAGCAAAUUGCAAAGCCCGAGUGACAUGUUAUGGACGGGCGGUCAGCGGGAAAAAGGCACCGUGGGCGAGGAUCCGAUUCGUGUGUCGAGAGUCAUGGCAGAUGCCGCUGGGCGCGUCGUCAGCGUCAGACGGGAGAACGUCGGUCAAACCAUGUCAACACUACUCGAUUUCUUCCGUCAACUAAGAACAAUGGCACAAACACAAAGUGCUUCCGAUGGCAUGGGGUUGGUAACACACGAAGACUAUGGUGUGCAUUUUCUUGCACCAGAAUGCAAGGAACUAACAACAAGCAAAGCAACACUUCCAUGGAGAUACAUGCCACCCGAUUUUCACUCAACAAGUACAGGGUUCAAGCAAAAUAAGACUUGCCACAUACGUGCACCUUUUUGCGACCCCUCUUCUCUCCAACCACGACAAUGUCACGUCCAAAACACACCCAAGUAA